AUGGGUAGAACAUACGUUGGCGUAGGUGGUGGCCAUGCAGGCGAAGUAGGUAUCGUGAUGCCAGAUCACAACUCGGGGGGCCUGCUUUUGCUCUGCAUGAUUCUUAUGUCCCUCUCACUUAUCUCAAUGGUCAUAUUUGCCUGUGGUGAUCACAAAGGAUCAAACAAGAAAAGACGUGGAGGUGGCGCUGCAUGUGGAGGUGGUGGUGGAGGUUGUGGUGGUGGCACUGCAUGCGGAGGUGGAGGUGGUGGCGCUGCAUGUGGAGGUGGAGGUGGUGGCGCCGCAUGUGGAGGUGGAGGAGGCGGAGUCUUUGUCAUAUUUUCUUGCGGUAAGUCGUCUUGCAAGAAGAAGAAGAAUACCGAUGCGUAUUAUAAUUAUAGUGCUGCUGGAGAUGGAACAGGCUGCGGAGGACAUGGCCACCACGAUCAUAGGGGCGGAGUAGAUGGCCAUGGGGGCCAUGGAGGAGGCGACCAUGGGGCUGACGGUGGAGGUUGUUGCGGGGGUGGAGGUUGUGGCUCUAGUGCUACAUGA